GAGCAACUUUAGCAAAAAUAGAGAGAUAGUUUAGAUAUUCGAAUGUUGUAGUGCUGAGAGAGUAGACUAAAUUCACAUUCAAGAUUUUGAACUUUCACGUCCUCUCUCAGGACACCACAGACUCAGGAUGGGCUGCAUUCUCUCCUCCCCGCGCAUCACCGAUAAAGACCAUCAGGAUCUGCAGGUUCCAGACGCUAUGAACCUGAUCUACGUGAAACGUAGCAUGUAUAGUGCAAAUGAGAGUGAUCGUUUCGAUUAUUUUGGCCACCUAAAGCUCAAAGGGCCAAUAAAGCGCCUCGGCAUUUUCGCAGAUUGGGCCGAUCAGGGAUAUGGAAAUCAAAAAGGAGAAAUCAAAGUGCAGUUGAUGUUAUGACAAGGAUGAAUUUUUGUCUACUUAUUCAGGGAGAAUGAGGAAUCAAGGCACUUACAACAUGAAUUUUUAUCGACUAAUUUCUGGUCCCGAUCAAGCUGGUGGAGAGUUGGCGAAGGUGACCAUGGGUCCAGCAGGACAUCAGCGGAAAUUGGAUACAAAAAUUAUAGAAGAGGACGAUCCCAUGUGCAAAGAAUCGGGCGAACUUUUUAUGAACAGAGGACAUAAUCAUUGAUUAUUUUUAUGUUGAUAGAUUCUGAUAGAAGCACAUCAUCCUCGUCGGAGUCGGCUAGUUGCCGGGGGUGCUCGAUGUGCAGGAUUCAUAACCUAACCUAAACUAGUAGCUACUAGAGGCUCCUAAUCCUAUCUAGUAAAGUUAGAACUUCAAGUAGGAAAUGCUUGGUCUAUUUAUUACUCAAUAAAUUGCAUAGACUUUGAUAAAUCAAUACUUUUUAUAUUUUCCCUUGUCUCUCUCGUACUCCCACGACCACCUUUCAUAUCCCACGAGCUGCACUUCUACUUCAAAGUUGGCGGCGGCGGAGGUCACUCCCUGAGCAUAUACAAGUUCGGCAUAGGGGUUGUAUACCGAGGUGGACCUACCGCAGACAUGUACGUGAAACCGGAUAUCCAAUCUAUACAACCUGUAUUAAGGCUCGUCUCAAUGUUGAUUCCAAUUGUAGGUCAUCCUUCACAGACUCUCCUAAAAAUAAUCCUUCACAGACACAGUAAACUUCAACUUCUUGUAAACUUCUUGUCAAGUACGGUCAGGAAGUUAUUGAAUUCUUCUCUUCUGCAUCCUUGAAAUCGAAAAGUUGUAUGAGGGAAUACUGUCACCUUGCUUCCGAUAUGACUGCUCUUCAAGGAUGUUGCGCUUGAAAGAAGAAUUUUUACGAAGAGGCCAUCUAAUCAUGGCGCCAGCAGGAGCACCAGGUGGCGUUCUUGUGCCUCAGCCUGGUGGAGUCAAUGUAAUCGCGCAACCUGUGCAGCCGACGGUUGUCAUUGCGCAACCAGGGAUGACGCCAGUUCCUGUGGUAAUAGCAAAUCAGCCAGGAGUAUUAAGCAAUGCGGCUUUUGCAAAUGUCGAUUGAUGAGUUAUUUAAAUGAUCAAAGAUCACUCCGAAAGUGUUUGUUGGUGGAUGCGUAUUGUAGGAGAAUGUUGUUCCCGCUCCGUAAUUAGGCUAGCACGCGACAGACUUAUGGCGGUGUCCGCCAAGAUGUUAGUGUUAUGCUUUAUUUCUGAACAAGCUCAUGCCAAGGACCGCAAGGAUAACAUUUUGCUGCUAGCUUUGUGUUAAGUAAUGUAAUAGUACGGAGAAAAAGAAGGUGAUUUUGAUGAUGAUGCUCUAAGAAUGCGGAGUCUCUCCCUGCGGGAUGUUUAAAGGAGUUCGGGA